UGAUAGCUCUACUUGAUACAAACAUGGCGAACGUUCUCAAAAACUUUAGCAGACAGCCGAAGAUUUUACUUGAAUUUACAUCGAAAACAGGCUUGAUUACAUCGUCUUUAAAUUUCGAAGUAAAAGUGAAGACACGUAGACAUUUUUCAAAUGCAAUGCGUCGUGUAUAUCACUUGCAAAAUCGGAGGAGUUUAUGCCUUGCAAAAGUGUGUUCCAGAAUUGGGUCAGGAGAAAGAUGUAUGAGCACGAGCAUAGAGACAGAUCCAAGCAAGCGUACAGUAGACCCAUACAGUCUAGUGGAAACUGAGAUAAAUAGUAUAACACAAGACAUUAGAAGAGAGUUGGUGACUGUAGAUCCAGAGCUACUGUCUGUUGCAGAAUAUUAUUUUGAUGGACAGGGGAAAUUAUUUCGUCCAAUGCUUAUCAUGCUGGUAGCUAAAGCCCUCAAUUUCCACGUUAACAAACAAGACUGUUUGUUACCAAGUCAACAAAAGAUAGCUAUGAUAGCGGAGAUGAUCCACACUGCCAGUCUCAUGCACGAUGAUGUCAUAGAUGCUGCGGAUACACGGCGCAAUAAACCUAGUAUCAAUCAGGUCUGGGGACAGAAAAAGUCUAUAAUUGCUGGUGACUAUGUGAUGGCAAUGGCUUCUAUAGCUCUAGCUAGGAUAAGAGAUGAAGAAGUUGUCUCUGUUGUGUCACAGAUAACAGAAGAUCUUGUUAGAGGAGAGUUUAUGCAGCUUGGUUCCAAAGAAAAUGACGAGGAGAGAUUCAAUCAUUACAUCAACAAGUCUUUCAAGAAAACUGCAAGUUUGCUUGCUAACAGUUGUAAAGCAGUGGCUGUUCUAGGUAAAUGUGAUGAAGAAUUGGCGGAAGCAGCAUUUAAUUAUGGCAAAAAUAUAGGCAUAAGUUUUCAAUUGAUAGACGACCUGUUAGAUUUUACGUCAUGUGACCAGGUGAUGGGUAAACCUACUGCUGCGGAUCUCAAAUUAGGUCUAGCCACAGCCCCAGUGCUGUACGCUGCCAGAAAAUACCCUCAGCUCAAUGCUCUGAUUAUGAGGAGGUUUAGUCAAGAGGGAGAUAUAGAAUUAACAAGGGAACUUGUUGCUAAGAGUAAUGGUGUAUCAGAAACGAGGAAGCUGGCAGAACAACACAGUGAAGAGGCUGUGAAACAAAUCAAAACUUUACAAAAAUCAGACUGUCUUAAAGCGCUAGAAGUUAUAGCAAAAUUGGUUCUGUCACGGAACAAAUAACCAUAGUUUACAUUAGGAACAAAUUUUAUACUUGUGAGUUGUCACAUGAAAAGGGACCAUCUUAGUUAUUUGUUUGCUGUCAAAUCUUUGCUAAUGACCACCUUUGUACAGAGACCACUUGGAAAUGAAAACCAGUUAUUAAAGAUAUUUAUGAUAAUAAUGAAAUAAUAGAAAAUAUUUUAACUAGUGAAUGAAAGACCACUUGUGUUUAAAAAUCACUUUUUGGCUCUCGCUAACAUGGUCUAUAUAGACAGGGUUUACUGUAUUGGAUUUUUGUGUGUUUAUAUGGUCAGUUUUUAAAACUGAGUAUUUUUACCUUAAAUAUGAUUUAAACCAACUUUUAAAUGACUUUUCUGUCAAUAUAACAUUGUUUUCCAGGUAGUCCUUUUUAAUGUGAUGAGUCGCAGUUAAAUUAUAUAAAAUCCAUGUGGUAUAUUAUAGUCAGGUUUGCUUCACAAUUUUACAUUUCAUAUUGAAUUUUUUUUUAAUACCUGUAUCAUAAAGAUAGUAUUUACCUGUAAUUAUACAAGCAUAAUAUCUCUGUAUGGCAGACAAGUGCAACUUUGUAAUGUGCUUGUUGGGAGCCAGUUUUUGGCAAGUAUUGUGAAAUUGUUAAAUUCUGUGGGUAUGAGAUCUCAUGGUUUUGGCCCAAAUGGCUAUUUCGUGGGGAUAGGAAUUUGAUGAUAUUAAAUUUGAACAUAAAAUGAGUUGGAAUAUUACUUGUUUGUUAGGAUUUAAUUCCUUGGAUUUCACAGUAUUCAAGUUGAAAGGAAGUACAUCUAUUGGCUAACCUUUCACUUUUAUGUUGUUUUUGUAAGGUGUUCAGAAGUUUUAUCUGAUGAAAGUUAGUUUUCUGAUUAGAACUCACUACCUUUUGAUGUGGAUUGUUAGAAUAUUAAGUACUGCAAGGUCAUUAAUUUUCGAGGAAGACUGAUUAACUUGGGAUUUUGUGGUUGACUAAAUUCACGAUAUUAAAUCCCAAAGAAAAAAUAAAAAUUGCUAUUUUAGCAUGAGUAUUUAAAUUCAUCAAAUUCAUAUCCCCAUAAAAUAGCCGUUUUGGAAAAAGAAAACUCUAAGAUUUCAUGCCCACAAAAAUUAAAUCAUUUUACAGUAAGAGAAAUAAGAGUUUACUGGUACUGCAGUGAACCUAUUAUGGUAGUGAUGAGUAAGUUAUGCUUGAAAUCCUAGUACUUUGGUCAAAUUUUUUAAAAAGCUUGCUUUAAAGAUUUGGAAUUUACAAAGAAAUCUCAAAGAUAUCAAAUGCAAAAUUACAAUGUUUUAUAUCAAGAAAUUUGAAAUUGUAUUAUUGAUUUCAGGAUUUAAUAGGUAACUGUCAGUAGAAAGUAAUGGGUAGCAAGAUUUUUGAGUUAAGUUUCACAAGAAUUAGCAGGCAAAAUCGUAUUCUUAUAAUCAAAGUUUCUUAUGUAUCGGCAAGCCACAUCAAAGGACUUGGUCUAUUCUGGCACAAAGCUUACUUUGCAGGUUUCUAAAGGGCAUUUCACAUAUUUAGUUGUUUAAGUGUUUUCAGACUAGUCUGUCAAUGAGUAUUAGUAAAUCAAACCGUAUUACACUGAUUACAGGAGUUGUUUACUUUCCUACUGUACAAUUGUAGUUAUUUGCAGCUUUUCUAAAUGGCAUUACACAUUGAUGGUUGAAUAGAAAAUUCUGGUAACUCAUAGGUUUUGAUUGUUAUGUUUGAGCGAAAAUGAGUGUAAGUGAUUUUUAUGUUUGCUUUCUUAGAUUUUACAUUAAUUUCUGUAUUCAAGAAACUGUGAUUGUUAAAUAAACUAUUCCAAUUCGAGUGUCAGUCAAGUGCCAGUGAAAAGUUACCACAAAGUUGGUGUUUUUUAUUGGAACAAUUUUCAUUGGCGGUAAGAAAAACCUAUAGAAGAAAACUUACUCAGGGAAAUUUUUUUAGGAAUUUUCUUGAAUAAGCUGUAAAACUUGUUACAGCUUCUUAUUGUUGGUAAUACACUUAACAACGGAUAUAAAAACAACAUUUAGACUAACAUUCAACAUAACUACUUUACAGUUAUCACAGAUCAUGUACUCUUUCAUUUUCACUGCCCUUUGUUAAUACCUCUUUAAUGGAUUGCUAAAAAUAAAUAUUUUUUACA